UCAUGGGCUUCCUCAAAAGGCUCGCAUGUUACGCUUACAUUUUGUGCAGUAUUUUCAAGGUUUACGUUUUAGCAGCCGCAUAUUUGUUAAAGCAGUAUACAUCUAAAAUAAGGAAGCCUACAGGCAUUGAAGGCAGCAACAGAGGUAAAGUGGCGAUCGUGACAGGUGGGGGAUCAGGCAUUGGAUAUCAUAUUAGUAAACAGCUAGCAAAACAUGGUGUUCAAGUUAUCAUUGGUCUUAUUGCAGCUUCUCCAAAACUUUCUGAAUCUGAAGAGGCAAUAAGGAAAAUAAAACAUGAAAUGCCAGAGGCUAAAGUUGAGUUUUUACAUUUAGAUCUAUCAUCCCUUGAGUCUAUCAGAAAUUUUGUGGAUGCAUUUUUACAGAAGAAGUGCCCUCUUCACAUCUUAAUCAACAAUGCUGGGUUGAUGUUCCCUCCAUAUACAAAAACAGUAGAUGGGUUUGAACUGCAGUUGCAGGUCAAUUAUUUAGGCCAUGUCCUCUUGACCAGUCUAUUGUGGGAGAAACUGAAGACCACUGGACAGCUACAUUCCUAUAGCAGAGUGAUCAAUGUGGCAUCCUCAGUACACUAUGUGUCAGACAUGCCUGCUGAUUUAGAUAACUUGAACCAGGAACAACAAAAUUUUUCUGCUCAUGCUGCAUACAUGCAUUCCAAACUGGCUGUUGUCAUGGCAACAUACUACCUCCAACGCCAGCUGAACAGGGAUGGCCACUACAUCACAGUCAAUGUUGCUGAUCCUGGGGUGGUCAGUUCUGGACUUUUCAAGUAUGUCUCUGGCUUUGUAAAGUGUUUUCUUGUCAGACCGGCAGCAGCAUUAGGCAUUUUAUGGACCAUGGAAGAUGGUGCAUAUACCUCAGUUCACCUUGCGCUGUCGAGUGAAGUUGAAGGUCAAGGAGGAAGAUACUUCUUUAAUUGUACAAAUGCAAAAUCAAGUCACUUAUCUCAAAAUGUCUAUCUACAAGAAGAACUGUGGCACAAGACAUGUGACGUGCUUCAUUUAGAUGUGAAUUGGCCUAGUACAUGCACUUAACAGAAUGUAGAACUUGAAUUAUGUGAUAAUUGUGUUGUAACUCACUUAAGUAAAAAAAAGUACCCCAGUAAUAAAUAAAUCAUCUGUUAUUAAUACAGUGUUUUCAUAGGAUGAGCACAGUUGAUAAGAGCACCCUAAUAUAAUUAUACAUAAUAAGAAAAAAAAAGCACCGUGACAGUAUGUAUGACUCAUUGUGUAACAAUCAAUGAAGUACUAAUGAAAAAUAAAA